AUGGCCGAGGGCUCAGCCCUGGGGGUGUCCGCAUGGCAGCCCGUGACCCUGCCACCCGCAGACCUGGACCUGACAGUGCGUGUCCUGCUGUACACACUGAUCUUUGUGCUGAGCGUCUGCGGGAACGCCCUGGUCGUGGCUGUGCUGCUCCUGAACCGCCGCCUGCGCACCGUCACCAACUCCUUCCUGCUCUCCCUGGCGCUCAGCGACCUGAUGCUGGCAGUCUGCUGCAUGCCCUUCACGCUCAUCCCCAACCUCAUGGGCACCUUCAUCUUCGGAGAGGCCGUCUGCAAGCUCAUGGCCUACCUCAUGGGCAUCUCCGUCUCGGUCUCCACCUUCAGCCUGGUGGCCAUCGCCAUCGAGCGGUACAGUGCCAUCUGCAACCCGCUGCAGUCCCGCGUCUGGCAGACACGGUCGCACGCCUGCCGGGUCAUCGCCAGCACCUGGUUCUUCUCGGCGCUGCUCAUGUUGCCGUAUGCCGUCUACAGCACCACACACGCCAUGUCCACCCAUGGCGCCCGCCCGCCCAUCAGCCAGUGCACCCACAAGUGGCCCAGCGAGCAGGUCCGGCAGGCCUGGUAUGUCCUGCUGCUCCUCAUCCUCUUCUUCAUCCCCGGCGUGGUGAUGAUUGUGGCUUAUGGGCUUAUCUCCCGCGAGCUCUACCGAGGCAUCCGCUUCGAGCUGGACAUCAAGGGGGAGGCUGCAGCUCAGCGCAAUGGCAGCAGGGAGCCGGCACCCACCUGCGACGAGGGGGACGGCUGCUACCUGCAGCUCUCCCGGCCGGGCGGCGCGCUGGAGCUGCGGGCGCUGGGCACGGCGGGCACGCAGCAGGAGCGGGCGCGCAUCAACAGCUCGGAGGCAAAGCUGGUGGCCAAGCGGCGCGUGAUCCGCAUGCUGGUGGUCAUCGUGGCCAUGUUCUUCCUCUGUUGGCUGCCCAUCUUCACCGCCAACACGUGGCGUGCCUUCGCCCCGCAGGCAGCCCAGCGGGCGCUCUCGGGGACGCCCAUCUCCUUCAUCCACCUCCUCUCCUACACCUCCGCCUGCACCAACCCCCUCAUCUACUGCUUCAUGAACCGCCGCUUCCGCAAAGCCUUCCUGGCCACUUGCGCUGGCUGCCGCCGCACCUGCCCACGCCGCCCACUCGAGGAGGAGGUGGCCAAUGCCAAUGCCUCGCUCUCCAAGUUCAGCUACACCACCGUCAGCAGCCUCGGACCCCCCUGAGCUGGCCAUCCUGGCCCCCACUGCCCCCCGGGCUCUGCCUGCACCCCCCGCGCCCCC